AUUUAAAAAUUACACUCCAAUGUUAUCGGUAUAACUAAGCUGGAGGUUAUGGAUCCCCCUCGUGUUAUCAAAACUCAUCUUCCCAUCCAGCUUGUGCCUCGUUCUUUCUGGGAUGCUGGUUGCAAGUUUAGAAGGUUAUACAGUACAUAUGGCCCGUAAUCCGAAAGGCACUGUGGUUUCAUAUUAUCAUUUUGACCGAAUGAAUCUUCACCAGCUAGAGCCUGGCCCUUGGCCACAAUAUCUGGAGAAGUUCAUGUCAGGGCAAUUGGGUUGGGGAUCCUGGUAUGACCACGUUAAAGGAUACUGGAGGGAAAGGCAUAACAAGAAAAUCCUUUACAUAUUCUAUGAAGACAUGAAAGUGGACCCUGUGAAGCUGGUGACUGGAAGAAUCACUUCAGUGCAGAAGAGGAUGCUGCAUUUGAGGAACAUGAUCUCAAAAUAA